AUGCCUCCAAAAAAAGGAGAAGGUAGUACUAAUCAAUAUGAUCGAUGUCGUGAUAAUCAAAUCAAGUCACAACAACACUCUUCAACAAUAAAUGAUACUCAAACGAUUGAAAAUCCCUCACCUGCAUCUUUAAACCAAUUAAAAUUCUCCAUUUCGCCUCUAAAUCUAGAACCCAAAUGCUGCAACUGCAAAGGUGAUCAUCUGACAAAUUCAUUUGAUUGUUCAACUUAUUAUGAACAAGAAAGAAGAAUUCAAAAAAUGAUUAAUCAAUAUUCAUCAACAACUAAACAAAUAACAACUACAACAGUUCCGGCAUUAAACAAUAAUGAUGAAUUUUCGCCUCUAUCAAAUCAUCAAUUUCGUCAACAGAAUUUUAUAAAAAAAAUAUAA